CCCACCGAAGAAGAAGAUCUGUGACAAUCACUGAGUUUUAUAAAUAAGCGGUGCCAAUCAAUCCAUUAUGUCAUAGAAGAAGAGGAGUCCAUGUUUGAUAACACUUUUUUUUUUUGCAUCUGAUGCAAGACAUUGUUAAACAUUACUAAGAGCAUUUUGACUGUCGAAGUCGGGAGAUUGUUUGUUUUUUCCCCCCCCCGGAAGGUCACCUUCCUAGCUAGCUUCAUAUCCAGCCAGUGAUAUGGAAGUUGAGGCAGACAGAAAGUUUCAGCUAAAGUUAGCAUGCUAGCUAAGUAGCUUAACAAGUAUUUUAUUUUUCCUUCAUUUCAGUGAGUGUUGUUCGUUUUUUGUAGAUACCUCUCGUAUGGAUAUAAUAUUAUAGCUAGAUGUCAGCGUUAUGUAGUAGAGAGCAGGUUCAUCUGAAUCACAGCUUUGUAGUUUCCUGGUUGUUAGCCGAGGUAACCUAGCUAGCUGAGGUAACCUAGCUAGCUAAGGUUAGCGAGCAGUAGCACUGCGUAUGCAAUGGAUGGUCUGUCUAUCGGCAUUUCUGUUUUGCUGUGAAAGACGUCGGUUCAUAGUUGCUUUAGCUGGCUAAGUGAACGUUAUAGUUUAUUGCAUUUUUUUGUUACGCUUGCAACGUUCAUGUAAAAUAGCUAAACUAGCAUUGAAUAAGCAGUAAGAAGCACUUUUUAUUUUUAAAGUUAUAAAAAGUUGCUAGCUAUAUAGAAGAGAGGUCAUCGUUAACAGGUGUUUCAGUUGGGAGAAGUCAGCUGUAUUUGGCUUCAUUCUGCUUUUUUUUUUAUAUUCGGCACUAAAACCGCUAGCUAACAAGCUAUCAAAAAUGUUGGUAAUGUAUGAAAAGCUUCCCGAGCAGCUCAAGAAAACAUCCCAUGCCAGGAAAGCCGUUAUCCUUCUCGUCGCUGCCUAUGGAAUCAAGAAACUCUACCCUUACUUAUGGACUAAACUCAGGAAGAAAGUUGGGGGUACACCACUCCAAGUCCCCCUGAGCUCUAACGGGGUGCUGCUACUACAGGAGGGGUCAGAGAAACAAGGAAAGAAGAUAAAUAGUAACUCGCCAGCGGUGAACCAAGAGUUUCUGAAGAGGCUAAGUCACCUGCUUCAUAUCAUGUUCCCCCAGCUGUUCUGUAAGGAGUUGGUUCUGCUAGGGUUCCACUCCCUGGCUCUCAUCUCCAGAACCUUCCUCUCUAUCUACGUGGCCAGCCUGGAUGGCAUGAUAGUAAAGACCAUUGUGAAGAAGGACCCCCAGGCGUUUGUGUGGGAGUUGACAAAAUGGCUGCUGAUUGCUGUCCCGGCCACCUUUGUGAACAGCGCUAUCCGUUACCUGGAGGGACAGUUGGCACUGGCCUUCCGCACGCGCUUGGUAACCCACGCCUAUAAGCUCUACUUCAGUGACCAAACAUACUACCGCGUCAGCAACAUGGACGGACGCCUCGCCAACCCAGACCAGUCUCUGACAGAAGACAUGGUGAUGUUUGCUGGCUCUGUGGCCCACCUGUACUCCAACCUGACCAAGCCAUGUCUGGAUGUGGUGGUGACCUGUUACACCCUCCUCAGGACGGCUGAGUCUAAAGGAGCCAACACCACCUGGCCCUCCGUCAUCGCCGGCGUUGUCGUGGCGAUCACCGCCAAGGUUCUGAGGAUGUUCUCGCCGCGGUUCGGUAAGCUAGUGGUGGAAGAAGCCCGGAGGAAAGGGGAGUUGAGGUACAUGCACUCACGCAUCAUCGCCAACUCAGAGGAGAUCGCCUUCUACGGAGGACACAAGGUGGAGAUGUCCCAGCUGCAGCGGUCCUACCGCUCCUUGUCGUCCCAGAUCAACCUGAUCCUGUUUAAGCGUCUGUGGUACGUGAUGCUGGAGCAGUUCCUGAUGAAAUACCUGUGGAGCGCUUCGGGACUCGUCAUGGUGGCUGUACCAAUCAUCACCGCCACGGGGUACUCCAGAUAUGACUCCGAGGAUGUGAAGCAGUUGGCCAUGAAUUUGAAAGAGGAGGACCUAGUGAGUGAGAGGGCUCAGGCCUUCUCCACCGCCAGGAACCUCCUCAACUCCGCUGCCGACGCCGUCGAGAGAAUCAUGAGCUCUUACAAGGAGGUGACUGAGCUGGCUGGGUACACAGCCCGUGUGCACGAGAUGUUCACUGUGUUCGAGGACGUGCGUGCGGGCGUGUUCCGUCGCUCUGCGGGGGGAGGGGAUGAGCAGACGGGGGGAGGAACACAGCUGGUGCAGCACGGCAUGAGGGUGGAGGGACCAAUCAUGAUACGAGGUCAGGUGAUCGACGUGGAGAAGGGCAUCAGCUGUGAGAACCUUCCCAUCAUCACACCAACAGGAGACGUUGUAGUGUCCAGCCUCAACAUCAAGGUGGAGGAAGGGAUGCAUCUGUUAAUAACAGGUCCUAACGGCUGUGGGAAGAGCUCUCUGUUCAGGAUCCUCAGUGGUCUGUGGCCAGUCUAUGGAGGGGUGCUUUACAAACCACCACCCCAAAACAUGUUCUACAUACCUCAGAGGCCGUACAUGUCAGUGGGGACCCUGCGAGACCAGUUGAUUUACCCAGACACCGAGACAGAGAUGGAGGACAGAGGGUUCACGGACCAGCAGCUAGAGGGGAUCCUCGGAACCGUCAACCUGGUCUACAUUCUGGAGAGGGAAGGAGGGUGGAGUGCAGAAAGCGACUGGAAGGACGUGUUGUCAGGAGGCGAGAAACAGAGGAUUGGGAUGGCACGGAUGUUCUACCACAGGCCUAAGUAUGCCCUGCUAGACGAGUGCACCAGCGCUGUCAGCAUCGACGUGGAGGGGAAGAUCUUCCAGGCUGCAAAGGAUGCUGGGAUAGCACUGCUUUCGAUAACCCAUCGACCCUCCCUCUGGAAGUACCACACCCACCUGCUUCAGUUUGACGGCGAGGGUGGCUGGCGGUUCGAGAAGCUGGACGCCUCCACACGGGUCUCUCUCCAGGAUGAGAAACAGAAGCUGGAGUCCCAGCUCUCUGGGAUACCCAAGAUGCAACAGCGCCUGUCGGAUCUCUGCCGCAUGCUGGGGGAGGACGCCACCAUGUCAGGAAGCGGGGGGGGGGAGGAAGCAGGGGAGGAGGAGAAACGGAAGGAGGAGAAGGAGGAGUGACGAACAAGGACAAUAGAAGGAUGAUGAUCGUGUGGAUGGAUGGAUGGAUGGAUGGGAAUGAAGGAACUUUAAGCCCUGUGGUAUUUGUCCCCUAGACGAGGUGUAGCUCUACUCGUAUUGUUACUAAUAGGUUCCAGUCCUUUCAGAUCCUCUGGGCUGCUCAGGCCAUAGGGUCGAGGUCCAAGAGGCUGGGUCUUCUAGUGUAUAAUGUGGUUCUGGACAUCCAACCACUCAGAUGUGGCUGUUAAAGUGGAAAAGAAAACUGAGCAGCAGUGUGGAAGUAGACUCUAGGGGGGAGGGUGGUAGUGUAGUGGGAGGAGGAAGUAGACUCUAGGGGGGAGGGUGGUAGUGGGA